UGAUGGCCUCUUCAUCAGCCGCUGAGACUGGCUCUCUCCUCUGCACGUCCGGCAGUUCACCGAGGGGGCAUCGCAUAAAGCUUGUGGUGGGCUACAUACAACACCACCCUCGUGCGUGGAAAUAUAAGCUUUGCCUAUCGGCCGACCCAGCAGGUUGCACCCUCCUCCCUCACCGACGAAGCUCAAAACACACCCUCCCUUUUUUGAUCCUGCUGAAUUUCCAAGUUGCAGAGACAUUGGAACUACCGGUCCACGGUCGCUCAGGGCCUGUCUCGAGCAAUGAGACCAAGUCCAUGUGAUGCUCAGCCAAGCCGCGCCCCUCGAGAUAGUAGACCGUAGCAUGGAAAAUGUCUGGUACGCUAUGAACGGCUUCCUGGUCCUUGAACCGCCCGCCGCAGCUGAAACGGUAGUUCGUGCUGAGGCUGCUCAGCACAACCCCCAUCCCGGGAGGCAGGGAGGUCUGCUGCCAUCCAAAGACGCCCGGUGUGGCUGGAGGGGGGGCCUGGCUUGCCUGCUUGCCUGGCACCUGGUCAGGAUGUCCAUCAUCUUCCCGCAAUCCCAGCAUCAGAGCGUCAGCCACAUCUCUGUCGAGUCUAGACUCCACCCUAGCCUCAUCUCAAGCGCGAGUGUGGAGCAGAUCUGUGUGCGUCUGUGGGCCCAAAGCAGGUUUCUGGCAUCCCGUCGCUGAAUCAGAUGCCUCCAAUUCAUUGCUGUAUGCGCGGCGGCCCAGGUGAUGUCACCCGCAUGAUGGCUACUGGGCCACUGGCCGAUGUAGACCCUACUUGGUUGCUUGGGUAUUCAGAGAGCUGUGGCUUGAUCAAGAGUCCAGCGGGGUCACCCUCUUGACCAUCCACGGCACUCGCCCUGCUUACGCCUCAACCCUCUCCCAGCCGUGGCCGUAUGCUGCUCCCCUUGUCGUGUUCCUGCGUUCUCCCGACACAGUCAACGGCGCCAGACUCGCUCACUCGCACUACUUUCUUACGCUGGCCUCGCAUGUCCUGCAUCCUGCCAGCCAACCAGCCUGCAACUGCAGCCUUCCUUGUCUUCACACCAGCCCUGGCCGUUCCCCACAUCACCAACCAUCCCGAGUGACGUAGUCUGCGGCUUCUUCCGCCUGCACCUCUCGAGCUCUGCCUGUCGACUGGCUAGGGGUGAAGCUGAGCGCGUCGCCGCCACCUUGUAGCGCCGCCUGACGCGACAAAAGGUCUCGCCUUGAGCUCACCGCCGCAGACAGCUUGUUUAGAGUUCACAGUCAAGCUUCGCCCUCGCCCCGAGAGGCAUAUUCCGCCUGCACUCUACAUCAAGGAGUGAGACGGGCCAUCAGUCCAUGUCGAUUGAACAAGUGUCACACCAGGGGACCUUGAGAGGCUCCUACGACAUCCCCAUGGAGCAGAGUGCCAGCGCUGGCGGCCCCGGCCCUGGCCCCGGCGCCAACAAGCCUGCUGCGCCUGAAUCGGCCAGUCGCGGAAAAAAUGAUGUCGAUGACUCUUAUCGCCAGUCUACGCAUCGCCAAGGCAGCUCUCCACAGGGUGUCUACCAUGCUGAUGAUCCUGAGGCGGAAGAGCUCUCAGACGACAGUCCGGAGCCGGAACAGGACCAGAAUCCAGGUGGCUUGCGAAAGAAGACGCCCAAAGAUAGCCCGGCGUAUGUUGCCCCUAUUGGAGGCAUUCCCAAGAUCGACCCAAUCGAACACAUAGAGCCCAGUUUCCAUCCAACGCCUCCACCAGAAGGCGAAUCUCCAGGUCAUCCAAAAAAGCUCCCCAUAUACCAAAUACCCAAGGACCAUCUUGUGGGUAAAACCAUCGAUGAGUUCGGGGAUAUUCUGGACGACCAAGGGGCCGUGCUCGGCCGGGUCGAGGGUGAUUUACCGUCGAUGGUUGGGCGCACGAUAUCAAACGCUCGGGGUGAUGUGCUCGGUGACGAUGGCGAACUACUCGGCUACGUUGCCGAGGUGGAAACCGGCGAGGGCCAGCAGCAGGAGUCAAAACAACAACCUCCGACAUGGGACUUGGCGGAGGUCAUGAAAGCGAUGGCUGCUGCUGGUCAGGGCCCGGGCGGGUUGAGAGUCGAUCCGUUCGGUAACAUCCUGGAUGCAGAGGGGAACGUUGUUGGCUCAUUCCACGACAACAAAACCGGGUUUGGGAAGAAAGCCCACGAUGGUAACAGUGGGAAAUCUGGCAAGGCCGGGAAGGCCGGCAAGGGGCGUUCAAAACAAUCUGGUUCAGAACAAAAGGACAAUCCACCCGAGUCCGGCGGUCAGGCCGAGUCGUCGUCUGAGUACCGGCCCCGCGAGAAUGCCCAGAGUCACAGGAAAGAGCCCGAAGAGAGGAAGCCGAGCCCUUCGGACAUUUUCCUCGACGUCAAAUCAACAACUGAAGGCAUUCAGCUCACCAUACGCAUUCCAACGGUUUUCAACAGCAGUGGGCAGCCGACAAAACCCAAGAUCGUGUUCGAGUGAUUGUGGCAUGCUGGAGAUUUUCACGUUCAAUAUGUUUUCACCAUAGAUGGGAGCCGGCGUCAGGAGUUCCAAAAAGUGAAGACGGGAUACCAAACGGGGUUUGUCUUAGCUAAACUGGUGAUCUGACAAUAGGUCCGAGAGGUGGCCGAGUGGUGAUAUGGGUCCGUGUGGUGGUCUUGCAGGUGGUAUUCCGUAGAUUCCGAGAUGAGAUCAGGACCACCCUUCGUCAAUCCGCGAUGAAACGAACAGCUGGCCCAAGCGGAGCUUCUGUAGAAAUACGAUUUGUCUAAUUUCCACAUUAGUCGGGGGGCACCGGACGCGGCGGGGCAGGGAAUCAACAGCGAGUCCAGAAGCAAAAGUGAGAACAAGCAGCCGGAGGAGAGCCGAUUCAUCCGCUGUCUGUUUCCUGAUACGGAACUCAGCUUCAAGAAGCAACCCGUAUGGGCUCACACCAGCCGGCCGAAUGACGUACAACGCAAGUAGCUACCCUUGUCUGACCUCUGUCUGCGCGAAAGCCUCAGGAAAACGCUGUCGUGUCGAUCAGGGCCUGUCGAACGAUCCUUGUGGGCGAAGUGCAUAUCUGGCGGCCACUUGGGG